AUGCGGUACAUUUACUCCGAGGAACGGCUGCCUAUCCCCGAGAAUGUGAAGGUUCACAUUCGCUCGCGCAUUGUGACCGUUGAGGGACCCCGAGGCAAGCUCGUCAAGGACCUCUCCCACAUUGCCGUCACCUUCGGCCGCCCCGAGAAGAAUGUCAUCUCCAUUGAGAUGCACCACGGUGUCCGCAAGGGAAUGGCCUCCCUUCGUACCGUCCGCACCCUCAUCAACAACCUGAUCAUCGGUGUCACCAAGGGCUUCAAGUACAAGAUGCGCUACGUCUACGCUCACUUUCCCAUCAACGUCAACAUUGAGAAGAACCCCGAGACCGGCCUGCACGACGUUGAGAUCAGAAACUUCUUGGGUGAGAAGUACGUCCGCCGUGUGACCGCCCAGCCUGGCGUUGAGGUCAUCACCUCCCCCAACGUUAAGGAUGAGCUCCAGAUCUCCGGUAACUCCCUGGAGGGUGUCUCCCAGAGUGCUGCCGACAUCCAGCAGAUCUGCCGUGUCCGCAACAAGGAUAUCCGUAAGUUCCUUGACGGUCUGUACGUGUCGGAGCGGGGUAACAUUGUCGAGGAGUAA